AUGGCGCAGCGAGGUCCUUACAAGAAGUUUCUGGUGGACGUGGAGACAGAAAUACCACAAAGUACAAAAAGACGUAGGUUGCAGGAACCAGCAAAUGAGUCAGAUGUAGAAGAUAUUCUGGAAUGUACAGAAACACUAUGUGAGCAAUACUCAGACACAGAGGUGAUUGAUGAUGUGGAUGACUAUCCGGAAGCUGAACCAGAGGAAAGCAACAUUUUAUUGGACCCUGAGCAAAGUAACAGUUCAGAUGAGGAAUCUGAGGACCUCAUUAACCUCGAGAAUGCUGAGUGGAACAAAGAUGUACAUCCUGAGACUGCCCCUAUGGAUCCGUUAAACUUGGACGAUGGAGAUGAGCCUAUAUAUCCAGGAAGUGAUGUCACCAAGGCUGAGACUAUUUUGAUGAUUCUUACAUUUGUCCUGCGUCACAAAAUAAGCGGAGAGGGUUUGAAAGACUUCCUGUCACUACUACACAUCUUAUUUCCAAGCAUCCUGCCAGCAACAAAAUACUUAUUUGAUAAGUACUUUAUAUCCAUUACAAACCAAUUUGAAAUUCACUUUUACUGUGAGUCCUGCAAAGGAUACAUUUGUAAGGAAGAGACAAAUCUCACCAAAUGUCCUCACUGUGAUCUGGCAUUCAGCAUUGCAUCUAACCUUAAAAAUGGGUCCUUCAUGAUCUAUUUGCCUUUGUCUUCCUCACUUAAAGAUGUCCUGGAAAGUCUAAAAAACAACUCGCAACAUCUCAUUAACAAAGCUGAAUGGGUAUGGGACGACACAAUUCGUGAUAUUUUUGAUGGUGACAUCAUGAGAGAUCAUAUUCAGAACAACACAAUUGGCCAGUGGGAUUUGACAUUACUAUGGAAUUGUGACGGAAUUCCGGUUUUUGAAUCAUCUCAAUGUUCUCUCUGGCCAAUACAAGUAACUAUUAAUGAGCUGCCACCAGCUGUGAGAAAAGAACAUGUCCUAUUGUCCUCACUUUGGUUCGGCAAGUCCAAGCCAGUCAUUCAGACCUUUUUAAAACCAUUUGUUGAAGAGAUGGGAGCUUUAAAAGACAUCGGACUACAAUGGACUGAUGGUGAUGACAUUCGCACUAGCAGAGUUUUUGCAGUUGUAAGUGCUUGUGAUGCUAUUGCCAGACCAAUACUAAAAGACAGCAUACAGUUUAAUGGCAAGUAUGGAUGUGACUGGUGCCUUCACCCUGGUGAGCGUACAGCAAAAGGAAAUGGCUUUGUGAACAUUUACCCUUGUAAAGAAGAUUCCCCUGCAACAAGGCAGCAACAACAAUGGGAGGAUGAUGCAAUAAAGGCCUCACAUGAGGGCUGUCCUGUGAGGGGAGUAAAAGGAAUCUCACCACUUCUGUUUUUGCCAUGUUUUAAUAUUAUAACUGGUUUCGUGCCGGAGUACAUGCAUGCUGUCCUAUUAGGUGUUGUUCGUCAGUUCAUGACCCUGUGGUUAGACAGCUCAUAUCAUUGCAAGCCUUGGUAUAUUGGAACAAGAAAACAAGUCCUUAAUAGUCGGUUGCUGUCACUUAAGCCACCCAAGGAGGUCACACGCACUCCUUCAUCAUUGGACAAGUUAAAAUUUUGGAAAGCUUCAGAAUUUAAAAACUGGCUUUUGUACUACUCAUUUGCUGUUCUUCAAGGUGUCUUACCCACACAAUACCUAAACCACUGGUUGCUUUUGGUUUUUUCCAUGUAUGUGCUCCUUAUGGAUAACAUCUCACGGCAGGCUAUACAGAAGGCUGAUCUUGCUUUACAUAAAUUUGUGAUACAGGCUGCAGCAUUAUAUGGUAGAGAACACAUCAGCUUUAAUGUUCAUCAGCUAACACAUUUAGCAGAUUCUGUGAAGUUAUGGGGUCCAUUGUGGUGUAUAUCUGCAUUUACAUUUGAAAGUAACAAUCACAAUCUCAUGCUGUAUUUUCAUGGCACCCAGUGUGUUCCUGAACAGGUAUGCCGCACAUUUCUGCUUUGGCGUUAUAUCUUUAAACAGACAAUUACAGAGCGGUGCAGUCUGGCAUUCGAUUACUGCAUGAGGAUUACAAGGAUGAGACGGGUGAAAAAAAUGAUAAUUUUAAAUGAUGUACAUAUAUUUGGUGCACCUACAUUUCAAGCACUGACACCAAGGCAACUUGCAGCUAUUAACCAAACUUUUAAUAUCAUGGUAUUAGGCCCUGUGCAUUUUUACAAAAGAUUUUUACAUGCAGGCACUUUAUACACUUCUGCAGCACACACACAGACACAAAAACGUAUUAAUUCAGUUGCAAUGCUUCAAGAUGGAAAUUUUUUGCAAAUUCACCAUUUAGUCCUGCUUAGGAGUCAGUGUCACUGUGCAUCUAGUAAUUGUUCUUGUACAGAAGUGCCUGUAAUUCUUGGACAUCCCCUACACAAGAAAGCCCAAGAACCUUUUAGAGACAGACAGCUAAACCUGUGUAUGGAUUUUGUGACAGAAGUAACAGAAAGCUUUGAAACAAUUGCUGUUCCUGUUUCAUUUCUUCGAAAAAAAUGUGUCUUCAUUAAGGUCAGAGAAAAGAGAUAUGUGAUCCCCAUUGUAAACACAACUGAAACAGAUUGAGUUGUAAUAAAUAU